AUGUCUUCAAUGCAGGAGAACAUCCAGAUCAAGAAUAGGUCUCCACAGCCACCUACGUAUCCACCACUAAGAUGCUGCACUUGGAGGGCCAUCAUCGUCCAAGUGGGAUCGCCUACGUCAAAGAUCUCCUCACCUGGACUCCAGCAGGUAUUGACAGAGAACUCAUCGGAUGGUGGUAGUCUGAAGAGUGGAUCCUUUCCAGAGGAAUGUGGCAUGCAAAACAAGGCCUGGUAUGCAGGCAGCUGUGACCGGCAAACGGCUGAGGCUGCCCUUCUCCAGUAUAACAAGGAUAGCGCCUACCUGGUGAGGCGGAGCUCGCGAUACGGUGGCAACCAGCCCUUCACUUUGGCUGUGCUUUACAAGAGCCAUGUCUACAACAUCCCCAUCCGCUAUGUUGAGAGCAGCCACCAGUACUCGCUGGGCAAGGACGGCAGGAGCCAGGAGGAGCUCUUUGAUAGUGUUUCCAGCAUCAUCCAGAGCUACACAGAGCGGCCCAUGACAUUGAUUGAUGGCAUGACUUCCGCCAAGGAGCAAACCUGUCUGGUGUUUCCGGUGAAACCAUGAUUAAGAAUGGACUUCAUCCCCAAACUUGAAGGCAUCAAACAGCUCCUUUUUCCUUCUGGAACUACGCUCGGCCAAAAUGUCAGAAUUCAGUGUGAUUAUCCUUGUGUUUUGCAGUUUCUUUUUAAAACAAAUGUCCUUCCAAAGGCCAAAGACACAGAAUACGCAAUCUGCAAUCCUGUUGUAUUGAUAAGGAAACUGAAUGAAUGGCAGGCACAGGAAGUGACUGGAGAGGAGCAUUUGUUUUCCCUUUAAAAGUGUCUAGUUUGCCAAAAGCAAGAGAAUUAUUUCCUCCUCUCCUUCCCAUUUUUAUUCUGGCUCUAUUUCCCCAACACUUUUAAUUAUAGAAUCCUGUGUUUUGAAGAGACUCAUCUUAAAAUAAAAUAC